GUGUCAGUGCUGUCACUGUCCUGUCAGUCAGUGCCUUAACUUCCGCAAGUUAUAUUGCUAGAUUGAAGUAGAUUGCUACUUUUACGUAGCAUAACGCAAAAUAAAAUCAAAGUGAUCAACGCUUAACUUGUAAAAGUAAAAGCAGGUAACCACAAUGUUCGCCAAUAAAGUAGUACUAAUCACGGGAGCUAGUUCAGGCAUUGGUGCAGACACUGCUGUAGAGUUUUCUAAGCUAGAGGCAAAACUAGUUUUGACAGGAAGAAAUAAAGAAAACCUUGAGAAGACUGCACAAAAAUGCGAAGAUGUGUCUCCAAGCAAGCUCAGGCCAGUAUCUGUUGUUGCAGACAUUGUCAAUGAGAGAGACGUUGAAGAGCUAUUAAAAGAAACGAUAAAUCACUUCGGGCAACUUGAUGUGCUGGUCAACAACGCGGGUAUUAUGGGACUGGGGUCUAUAGAGGUUACUUCUCUUGAUCAAUAUGACAGCAUAAUGAACACAAACGUACGAGGGCCGUAUUAUUUAACUAUGUUGGCCACACCACAUCUUAUUAAAUCUAAAGGGAACAUAGUAAAUGUAUCUAGCGUGGCUGGGAUCAGGUCGUUCUCUAAUGUUCUUGCGUAUUGCGUCUCUAAAGCUGCACUAGACCAAUUUACAAGAUGCGUGAGUCUAGAGCUGGCCAGUAAAGGAGUUCGCGUUAAUGCAGUCAAUCCAGGUGUGAUUGAAACUGGCAUACACUUAAGAGGUGGAGUCAGUGAAGAAGAUUAUGCAGCAUAUUUGGAAAAAUGUAAGGAAACGCACGCAAUAGGAAGGACAGGAACUACUAAGGAGGUUGCGGAUGCGAUUAUAUUCUUAGCAAGUGAAGGUGCUAGUAAUAUUACUGGCAUAACAAUGCCAGUUGAUGGCGGCCGCCAUGCAAUGUGUCCACGAUAAAAUAAUGGACCAGUAAACAUUUUUGUUCAUUAAAAUCAAAUAUUUUAAGAUACAACAAU